AUGAUUUUGCAGUUUGCGAGUCCAAUCGAGUUGAAGAAUCAGGUACAGGAAGAUGUAGCCAACUGCACUAGUAGCCACCAGUCAAUUCCGGAAGGAUAUUGGGCGACAUCAGCUAUGACAGAUGCAGUUUUGGGGCGUUGUGACGUUGGUGAGGGUGAUUCACUUCGCUCGAACUACCCCGGAAGUUUGCUUGACGAACAAAUGCUCGCAUCACAAUCCAGUCUAUCUGUGCCAACAAACGAAAAUUUAUUUGUUGCGGAAUUGGCCAGAAUAGAGCCUGCUUUAUUCGAAACUGUCUGUGAUAUAAUUUUCAAGCAAUACGACUUCCGGCCACCCAUAAACUUGCAUGCCGAAACGGCGAUCAGACAAAACAGGCAACUUCAGUCAAUGCCGAGCGAAAAGAUGGAAUGCUCGUUGGCUGGAUACUGCUGUCAACAAACAAAUGUUAGCAGUUGCCGGUUCUAUUUUUAA